ACUCGAGGAGACUCAGCGGCUGGAGCGGCAGGCGGUUCCCCGCACCUCCAGGCGCUUCCUGGCAGUCCUCCGAGCCGUGCCAGAGGCCUGGCCCGCUAUUCCCAGCCCCGAGCCAUGAUGAAGACCUUGUCCAGCGGAAACUGCACGUUCAGCGUGCCCGCCAAAAACUCGUACCGCAUGGUAGUGCUGGGCGCCUCACGGGUGGGCAAGAGCUCCAUCGUCUCUCGCUUCCUCAACGGCCGCUUCGAGGACCAGUACACGCCCACCAUCGAGGACUUCCACCGCAAGGUCUAUAACAUCCGCGGUGACAUGUACCAGCUAGACAUACUGGACACCUCCGGCAACCACCCCUUCCCCGCCAUGCGCAGGCUCUCCAUCCUCACAGGUGACGUCUUCAUCCUGGUUUUCAGCCUGGAUAGCCGGGAGUCCUUUGACGAGGUCAAGCGCCUCCAGAAGCAGAUCCUGGAGGUCAAGUCCUGCCUGAAGAACAAGACCAAGGAGGCGGCUGAGCUGCCCAUGGUCAUCUGCGGGAACAAGAACGACCACAGCGAGCUCUGCCGCCAGGUGCCCGCCACCGAGGCCGAGCUGCUGGUGUCGGGCGAUGAGAACUGCGCCUACUUCGAGGUGUCAGCCAAGAAGAACACCAACGUGGACGAGAUGUUCUACGUGCUCUUCAGCAUGGCCAAGCUGCCUCACGAGAUGAGCCCCGCCUUGCACCGGAAGAUCUCGGUGCAGUAUGGCGAGGCCUUCCACCCCAGGCCCUUCUGCAUGCGCCGCGUAAAGGAUAUGGACGCCUAUGGCAUGGUCUCGCCCUUUGCCCGCCGCCCCAGCGUCAACAGUGACCUCAAGUACAUCAAGGCCAAGGUCCUGCGGGAGGGCCAGGCCCGCGAGAGGGACAAAUGCAUCAUCCAGUAGUGGGAGGGACACUGGGGUGGCCUUGGGCACUGCCUUAAGGGAGGUGGCCCCAGAUACCUGCCACCUGCAUCCCCAGCAGGGAGACCCCAGCAGCAGUCUUGUCUGAGGACCUUUGGCAC